UUGAUAUUAAUCAGAAAUCACUUAUUACAUUACUUUAUUAAAAAUUACGCAGGAUACAAAUUCAUGAUAAAAUCUGCACUUGUGUGUUUUUUGGAACAACCGUUUUCAUCUGAGAGACGAUUUUAUCUGCAUCAACAAGUAGUAAACAAAUGUUCUCUUCAUUUUACAACACUAGGCAAUUAGCCCUUCUUCUUCUUCUGCACCUGCAGUUCAGUUCACAUUUGUUAAUGCCGCUAAAUUUUUCCUUGAUGUAUUUGAUAAGAAUUGCUGAGCUCGCAAAAAAUAUAAAAUAAUCAACGAAAUGAAUAAAUUAGAGGACGAUACUAUCCCCAGCAGUUGCAACUUCCUGAAAGAUCCACUAUCUAUUGGGGAUCUCAUAGGACCUGGUACAACUUUUGAGAUAAACACGAAUUUCGAUGAAGGUUUCAGCAAUGAUAUAUUUGAUGAAUUAAAUUUGGGUUCCGACGAGGAAGACGAUGACAAGACAGCCACAGAUCGCUCAGCCUUGGUAUCACCAUGGACAAAACCUUUCGACGAGUUACGACUGCAGAUGGUAAAGAUAAAUGAACACAUUUAUAAAAAAAUCACGCAGCCCGGGUUGACUGAAUACGGUGAAGUUCCGUUAAAUGCGCGCGUAUGUAUACGCUACAAUGCUUAUUGGGAGGGAGAGGGUGCACCUUUUGAUUCGUCCUUUCUACGUGGCUCGUCGUAUCACUUCUAUACCGGACGAAAUGAAGUGAUUGAAGGCUUGGAGGCGGCGGUACGAACAAUGUAUCGUGGGGAACAAGCACAAUUCGUGAUUUCAUAUCAGUUAUUGUUUCGCGAAAUAGGAUGUCCACCACGCGUUAAACCACGUGCUGAUGGGCUUUUUAUAAUCGAAUUGGUUUCAUUCAAUCCUGUGGGAGAUUUGGAUGCCGACCAAAAGUUGACGGAUGAAGAACGUGGCAAAUAUGCAACAGUAAUCGAUAAAAUACGAGAUGUGCAUCUUAAAGGAUUAGAUUUCUUUGGACAAGGAUUACAUAAGAAUGCUUGUCGAGCUUUUGAAAAGGCUGUAAGCAUGUUGAACAGUUGCCACUUGGCCAAUGAACAAGAACAGCGCGAGCAAACAGCAUUUCUGCUAAAACUAUAUACGAAUUUAGCAGUAUGCUAUAAUAAGGUCAACUUGCCCGCAAAGGCUUGCAUUAUGUGCAAAGAAAUACGCCAGCUGACAGACAAUAAACCCUCUUGUAAAGCGUUGUUUCAGGAGGGACGCGCGCUGCUGCUGUUGGGUGAGUAUGAACGCGCACGCCACAUACUUAUACGCUCACAGCGCAUGGAGCCACAAAAUGAUGAUAUAAGUAAAGAGCUGAAGCUGCUGGAACAACGUUAUUCACGUUACAAAGAAAAUGAACGUAGCAUUUGGACGAAAGCCAUGGGCAUAAUAAAGAAAAAUGAAAGCAAUCAAACGAAUAGCAAUAACGAAAAGACGCGUAGCAUUUUUGAAAAAGAAAUGGAGGAACUCAUGAAGGACUUUAAGGAGAGUAUGGAAUUGAAUAAUUUCAAUUUGCCACCCGGCUUAACUAAAGACGAAAUCAAAACAGUUGAUGAUUUGGCGCAGAGCAUGGAGUUAAAGUUAACACUCUCACCACUUGACAAUACCACCUAUACAUUAAGUAAAGGGAGCAAAAAAUAAUUUUCAUUGCAAAAAAAAUUGUUUAUCAAAUAAAUAGAAGUAAAUAAAUAUGUACAUAUGUACGUAAUAGUUUUUAUCAAACGUUAAAGUGUAUUAUAAACAUACAUAUGUAUGUUUCUAUAAGUACAUAUGCACCUAAGGAAAUUUCCUUAAAAAAUUAUUAAUGUGUUAUUGAAACGCAUACAUGAAUGAAUUUUUUAUGUUAUUUACUGUAGUUUUGAUGGUAAGUCGCCAAAUUAAUUACAGCAGAAAAACUAAGUGGAUACAUAAAAAAAAAUACUAAAGAAAAUACAUUUAAAUACUUAAUAAAUACAAAUGAAGCAAUUAAAUAAAUAAAACAAAAAUAAAAAUAAAAAUCAGUCGACUGUUUUAACAAAAAUACGAAGGAUAAUCGCUCGUUUUAAUGAUCUUUUAAAAGCUACCUUGUCAUUAACCGAAAAAGUAGUGAUGAGUUUAAUGAUAGGCGAUUGCUCAUGAAUUAUUAAAACAAAGGAUGCUCAGUUACAUAAAUAUUUUAUAGAGCGUUACGAUGUUAGUUUUUAAAUAUGUAUGCCUAAUAAAUGUAAAUGACCAACAAACGUGUAUUUGAAUUUAUUGGCCAAUCUUCCCUUAUUGACAUUAAAACGCACAGAUUUCUUUUUAUUUUUAGUUAAAACGCAUAAAUUUAU